AUGAUUCCGUCUCUGUUCAUUCCUACAGACAUCGAGAAGGGCUGCGGCCAAUCCGGCAUCGACGACAUGCCCGAGGAGACGGAGGAGUGGGUGAAGCGGGGUGAGAGAGAUGGACAUAUAUCUGCUCACACGAAGAGAGACACAGACUUGGAUGACGGACGGGCGCACCAAGCCGGCUUCUUUGUUUCUACCUGUUCGAUACAGACAUGCUGAGGUGCAUCGGGCCGUGGAUCGAUGAGGGGGUCGACGAGAAGGAGGAAGGUAAGGAGAGUGACAUUCACUGACGGUGCAAGUGGUAUUUCAUCGCUGUAUGUAUGUGUCGAUUGGCUCUGUGUGCUGUGCUGCAUGCAGAGCCAAGGGGACAGCCCUCGGGGGUGGACCUGCGUGACAUGGACGCUCUGCUGUCAGAGCUGGGCGAACGAGGUCAGGGAACGGAAAGAGGGAGAGACAGAGAGAUGAGAUAGAUCAAGUUGGAUGAUUCCGUUCCUGUCUUUUCAUCGCUACAGAGAUCGAGAGCUGCUGCCGCCUGUCGAUCGAGGACCGUCCUGAGAAGACGGACGAGUGGACGAAGCGCGGUGAGAAAAGCGACCACUUAUCAGUAGACACGGAGAGACACGGAGAGAGACAGAGACUUGAAGGACGCACGAAGUUGUUUUCCUUGUUCCUGCCUGUUCAUCGCAGCACUCACCACGCACAGCCUCGAGCUGUGGAUCGACGAGGGGAUCUUCGACGACGCCAAAGGUGAUGGCAUGACAGAUAGACAGUGAUGGGCUGAGUAGGGCAGGGAACAAUGCAUCCAAUCAUGUGGCCAAUGAUGUGGUGUCUUCUUUGCCUGCAGCCUCACAGCACCCGCCCAAGGCCACCCCCACGCCGGCACGAGUUCUGCGCCCGCACCGCCGCUCGAAGGAGGACGACGAUAUCACCUACAAGACAUACCACCGCGAGGAAGGGAAUGGAGGCAGAGAGAGAGAGAGAGAGGGAAAGAUGAAAUAGACUUGGAUGCAUGGUUCUGUCUUUGUUCAUUCCUACAGACAUCGAAGAGGGCUGCGGCCAAUACGGCAUCGACGACAUCCCCGAGGUCUCAAGGGGGGAGACCUUGGGGAUGGAGGUGAACGACAAGGGCGACCCACUGCCAGAGUGGGCAAUGCGCGGUCAGAGAAGGGAAAGGAGGCAGGGAGGGAGAGAGAUGCGAAAACCUUACAUAAGUGGAUUAUUCCGUCUUUGUUCAUCCUUGCAGACAUCGAGAAGGGCAGCGGCUCAUGGCUCGAUGAUAUGCCCGAGGAGACGGAGGAGUGGGUGAAGCGCGGUGAGAGAUACGGACAUCUGUCUGCACACACGAAAAGAGACACAGACUUGGAUGAUGGCCGCAUAAAGCCGUCUUGUUUGUUCCUACCUGUUCGAUACAGACCUGAUGAGGAGCAGCGGGCCGUGGCUCGAUGAAGGGGUCGACGAGGAGGAGGGAGGUGAGGAGAGUGACACUCACUGACGAUGCGUGUGCUUAUUCGUUGCUGUAUGUAUGCGUUGAUUGGCUAUGUGUGCUCUGUAUGCAGCGGGCCGACGGCAGCCGCCAAAAGCCACGCCCAAGGCCACGCCCAAGCCCCCGCCCAGAAGCACCCCCACGCCCGCAAAAGUCCUGCCUCCCAGCCGCCGCACCAAGGACCACAAUAACAUCACCUACAGCGGAAGACUUGGUGACAGCGCUUGCGGCGAGCGCUGUCCCGAGGAUGCGCAUCCUGCGGCGCCAGAAAGCCGCCCCGCCCUCAACCCCCCACCGCCAAGGUUGCGGCGACAGGUGCAGACGACGGACUGAUGCCCGGACCUUGUCAAGACUCCCUGGGGCAUAUGGCCGAGAGGAAAGGAGGGUGUUGACUUGCUUGCUUGGGAUAGAGAUGUCCGUACGUUGGGCGCUUUCAGUGUGUAUUCGUGUGUGCUCGGGGCUGUCGAGGUGCCAUUUUUGGGGGGAAGGUGCCACCAUUGCUGCCUACAUUCUAUAUUUGUUGUCCGUGCCUCUUCUGAGCCUGUCUGUGUGUGGAAACACAAGACAAACAAUCGACAUAUACAGUCAAUCGGCAGAG